UUGCUCCCACGUCACAGCCGGGCACUGCUCCGGUUUGAAGGGGUCAGAGUUCACGCAGAAGCUGGACGUGGACAGACUGUCCUCUGGUAGGACGACCCACCCAGCAACGGGACGGCUGCAGGAUGAAGGCGCUGCGGGUCGGACUCACCCUGGUUCGGCACGGAGAGACGCAGUACAACAAGGCAGGAUUGUUACAAGGCCAGGCCGUGGACUCCUCCCUGUCAGAGACGGGUCGGCAGCAGGCUGCGGCUGCAGGCUCGGACCUGAGAGACGUUGUGUUCAGCAACGUGUUCAGCAGCGACAUGCGGCGGGCCCGGCAGACUGCUGAGGAGAUCAUGCAGCAGAACAGCAGCUGUCUGCGGCUCCAGAUGGUGUGUGACCCUUUGCUAAAAGAGAAAAGCUUUGGGGUCGCAGAAGGCGGACCGGUUGAGGACCUCAGAGCGAUGGCCAGGGCGGCGGGGGAACCGGUCCAGGAUUUCACCCCUCCAGAGGGUGAGACUGCACAUCAGGUCAGGAAGCUGUUAGUCAUUCACCGACUGACCACUAGGUGGCAGCAGACUCCCACACGUUUUUACAGUGGGGGGCGGGGUUGUGACGUAACGGACCCCAAUAAACAGUCGCUGUUAGCUCUGGUUAAGGCGGUGUGUGAAGCUGGGGUCCAGCAGUUCAUGGAGAAAAUGCUGCAGCAGAUCGGGGCAGAGCACUGGCCUGCAGGGGGCGCUGAUGUAUCCUCUGCUGACGACACAGGGGCCCACCACGCCCACGCUCUGGUUGUCUCCCAUGGCGCCUUCAUGUGCGUGGCGGUGCGUUACUUCGUGGAGGAGCUGCGGUGCAGCGCCCCUGCAGGCUGCGACAGGAAGCGCAUGUUCUCGCUGAGCCCCAACGCGGGGAUCUGCAGGUUCAACCUGACGGUGGUCCAGCAGGGGGCGCGCUUUGUGGUGUCGGACAUGCGCUGCGUGUUCAUGCACAGGGUGGCAGGGGCAGAGCAGGAUGAAUAACCUGCUCAUGAUUUAUUGAUACAUUUAUUUUAGAGAAGGAAACAAUCAUUGUCCGCAAAGAUGAUGAUGGCACAAUGUUUAGUUUUAUCAUAAACUCAAAAAAGACAUGAAACACAAAUAUUAAUAUUUGAUCAUUAUUUAUAAUCAAGGGUGAAAAUAAAUUGACUGAAUCAUGUAUUUCAUUAGCAUGCUUCAUAAAUCCAGACAAACUGUGACGUAAAAUAGUUUUGGUUCAUAUUUUCAGUGCUUCAAAACUAUUUCUCCUGCUGUUUUUAGCUUUUAAUUAGUAAAUAAGUUUAUUUUGUAAACAAAAAUGAAAAAAACAAAACAUUAUAAAUGAUACUAAAAUCUUUGUCACAUGUAAGAAUGAUCAUAGUAAUGAUAAUAUUAUAAGAAGAAUUAAUGAAAAGCUUCAUAAUAUCAAGUUGAGUUUCUUUAAUGAGUGGAAACAGUCAAUAAAAUUAAUAAAGUCUGUUUUUAUGGAGUUUCAUAUCAUAUUUCAGAAUGAAACAAAUGAAACUGUCAUGCUGUGGCGGUGGACCCAAACGCAGCAGACAGUAAACGGAGAAACAAGAGCAUGUUUGAAUGAAGAAAAUCAACCAACAAAAAAUCCAAAAUCCCCAAACAAAAGAAAGUGGGAACACGAGGGAACAGCAGCUGAUCCAGGGAGGGAACAUGGUGGAGACGAUCAGGUGACGAGACGGACCGGCGAGUUGUGACUGGGAUACAGGAGCUUAAAUACUGGGAGGCAGUAAACGGAACAAUGGGCCCAACGAGAUGAGAUAACUGGCUGACGAGA